GUGCGAGCGUUUGGUUUGGAGGGAGGUGUGUGUGUCAUACUCCACUGGCUAGCUCAGAUACCCGCCUCUCGCAUAUAUAGUGCGCGUGGAACUCGAGCAAAGCGCAAAUUAAAAGGUUUGUGGCCGCGUCUAGACGAGGCGCAGCUGGGUUGAUUGUUGAGUUCGUUCGUUCGGAAAGUUUGGAGUUCCAAUUGUCUGUUCCAUGUCUGUAGUUUCCCCCUACAUCUACUGCCCAGUGUUUGUGCCCUGCUCAGACAUGACUGAGGUGAUGAUCAGCAGCACCCCCAUGGAGGACAUCCGGCUGAGCCCCGGCAAAGACAGGCUCUCCUACCAGAUCUUCCCGGACCCAUCGGACUUUGAUCGCUGCUGUAAGCUGAAGGACCGGCUGCCCUCCAUCGUGGUCGAGCCCACAGAGGGGGAGGUGGAGAGCGGGGAGCUGCGAUGGCCCCCGGAGGAGUUUGUGGUCAGCGAGGAAGAGGAGGAGGACGACGAAGAAGAUGAGGAACAGCACGCGCACAACAACGGCAACCUGCAAAACGGACAAGCCACGCAAAUCUCCCAGCACUAGGCUCCCGUCCGCUCCCCCCGCCACCACCAGCCGCCAUCUUGGUAGACUCCAACCCAAAGUAACAUUCUGUCACCAGACCAAAAUAUUUCUUUCAGCAAUAUUUUGUUCCUCAGUGUUCUGUCAUCGAUGGAAUUUAAAGACACUGGUUUUCUUCAUUUUCAACAAGAAUGAACUUUCUUGAAUGGACCUUUUUGUUUUUUUCACAUCAUUAAAAGUUACAGAAAGUUUUGGAAAACUCUGGAGAAGCUGCGUCUCUGUAGCACGACGUCAACAACAUAAGCAAUAACAUUUUAAUUAUGAUUUUGGUUUUUUUUUGGCAAGGUAAACGUCAUUUUGCUCUUCCUUAGCCUUCCACUGUGUCUACCGGAAGUCGUGAUGUUUGGGGAGGGGGCACCCGCAGCCCUUUAGCCCAUGGACAGAGCCUCGCUGCUGGGUUAAGGCUGCUUUGUGUUGUCCUCUGUUGUGGUUUGUCCCAAAGGCUUUGAUUUCUGCACAUGUUCACACUGACCGAAGAUUCUGUUGGGGUUGAGAUGGGCAGUUGGAUAAACAUAGAUGCUCGUUUGUGUAAGCAGUUAAAUGAAGGGACCAUUUUGUUACUGUUGUUGGGCCUAAAAAGUUCAAAUGGUUAUGUGUAUAUAUUGAUGCCCUACAAAGCUUAACAUAAAGUAAGAAAGCUUCGAACAAAAUGACUUGAUUUGGUCUUAUUCAAUCUUUUUGAAAUGAAGAUGCACUGUGCAAAUUUUUAGGUGUGUCGGGGUUUGUCCAUCACCUGCUUGUCGCCAUGGAGAUGUUAUUGGAUUGCCUAAAAUGACCCACAGUAUGGCAUUAAACUAUCUAGCUUGCAUUUAUUCAAUUAUACGUGUUUUUGUUGCUCAGAUAUUCAUGCAUCUUGAAUAUUAUGAGCUUUUUGUGCGCAGUGCUGCCUCUCCAGAGAGCUGAGUUUUAAGUUGGCCUGGUCGUCUCCAUGGAGAUAGACAAGUUUAAUGUCAUGCUGUGGAACAUUCCAGACAAACCGAUGGGUAAAUGAUCACGUUUAUAUAGCGCUUUUCUACCUUCAAGGCAGUCAAAGCGCUUUACAUAAAAGAACUAGUCAUCCAUUCACACACACUGGGGGUGAGGUGGGUUAAGUGUCUUGCCCAAGGACACAACAACAGUAUUCAUCUGUGGAAGCUGGAAUCACACCGCUAAGAGGAUGCGCACUCUACCAACUGAGCUACAGUUACUUUUUCACUCGCACUCACUAGAAAAGUUACAUAGUGCAUCUUUACGAAAACAAAUAUAUGAUUAUUUUGUGUGAUUAUGUUGUUCACAAUUGGGAACCAUUUCUACUCUGCCAAAAAAAAUAUAUCGCCAAAAUACAAUAAUUUCCAUAAUUUUCAGUCUAACUUGUGCAGAUUUGUCUUUUGGUGGAGUGUAUCUCUAACUGCUGUCUAAAUUCUGUCUUGUAACCGUUUUUGUGAAUAGUCUGUUGAAUUUUUCAUGUUUAAUAUUAUCCACUUCACCUGCAAUAAUUGUCUGAUUUGUCUGAUUUGUGGCCUUAUGUUCAAUAAUUUACACAAAUAUUAAUUGAGAAGGCGGCAUACCAGCAUAUUCUACCUAUGUAUAUUUUUAAAAGUCAGUCUGGCAAUGUUGUGAGUGAAUUGGUGACUGGUGAAAAAGAUUUUAAAGAUUUUUGUGGGAGGAAUAUGAAAAUUGUUUUAAAAAAAAAACAUACAAAAAAUGCAAUGUACAGACCCAUGAAGAAUAUUUGUAAAUAUUUGUAGUUCUUUGUAUUAGAAAAGUAGUGUGAUUUCCUCUGGGUGGUUUGUAUCAAAAAUAAAGAAGUCUUCCUUUUUGCAAACAUUUAUAUUGUCGUAAUAUGAUAUGAGUGGGCAGUAUCUCAAACAGUAAUGUUUAAACAUGUUCACCAUUUUGUCAUUUCAAGAACUUGUGUGUAUGGUUUGGUUUAUACAAUUCUUCUAAUAAAUAGCAAAAAAUAUUUGAUAGCCCCUGCCAAGCAUGAAUGACGCUGUGUCCACACUUUGCAGUUUGAAAUGUUGUUAAAGACUCAACUGGUAGAUUUUUAUGCCGUUUGCCCAGGUAUUGCCUGAAGACACACACUUAAUACUAUUAGAACCAUCUACUUUAUUGUUUGAGGGCAAAUGCUUAUGGAGUGUGCCACUGUCACUUUGUCAGCAAUCUCACCAAAAUACAAAAAAAUAUCUUCUAUAUUUUGAUUGUAUAUGGUGCCACAGAGAGUUGAGGAUGACAAUAUGACUGCAUUGUCAACAGCUACACAACUUUUUUUUUCCUUUUUUUUUUUUUUUUUGUGGCAACUGGCAACCUACAUUUAUUUGAUAAUGUUUAUUGAAUAUUUUGGUAUCCAUUUUUUACAUAUAUUUUUUUUAAACUGUAGAUUUUAGGGAUGCAAGAUAAAUCACAAUUGAAUUUGAGAAAAAUUGCAAUUUGAAUGGACACAACUGGCAAAUCAGGCUGCAAGGUUUGAAAUGCCAUAAUUUCCUUAAAACAUGAACUUUAUAAAUUGCAAAUCUAAUCGCAACGCUUAUCACAAAAUUUGCAAUAGGAUAUUUUACUCAAAUCAUCCAGCUCUAAUAGGUAGGCUUAUUUGGAAGUAGAACCUUGGUAAACAUCUAUUUUUGUGGCAACUGGCAAACUACAUUUAUUUGAAUAUUAUAAAAACUCAUACCAAAUAUAAAGUAGUAAAUCAAAUUAAAAUGGUGUUGGUAUUGGGAUAACCUAUUAAAAUGAAACUGUGGAAGUAGGGCUUGAGUCACUAGCAUGGACUAUAUAAAGCUGCUAGCAUCAGUGUGGACAUGGCUAACAUGCAUCUUCCUAAUACGUGUGGUGUUAGCGCAGUGUGUCAUUGCACCUUUCAUACCGGGUACCAACUUCGUACUUUUAGCCAAACUGCGCAUACUUAAUAGCAACUGUGUUAAAGUCAUUUAUAGGUACUUUACAAAUUAUAUUGUGUAUUUAUAUUAAGCAUAGUUGUAAAAUCCUACCCGGUACUACGUCAAUUCGAUUACUCCUUCAUGUAUAAAUUAAUGGAGAAGCCAAUCCUCAUAUUACAAUAUAUAAAAUGUUUAAUUCAUGAUAUUUAAGUCUCCACUCCAGUAACAUGUAAAGAAAAAGGAUGUUUAGUGGUCUGCUAAAUGUACGAUAGCAUUACCAUCGAACAAAGUGUCCACUAAUUAUGUCUACGUUUAGCAGCAGCUAGCAUCCAAUGUCCACACUUGCAAAAUAGUGGAAAUCUUAGAUAGCUAUAUAUUAGAUCACAUGCUAACAACACGUAGGCCAACUUAAACCCAGAAAAUAAAUAAAACUGUUAAAUGAGGCACGUUUAGCUAGCUUAGGUUAUCUUUAAGGUUGUAAGUGGGCACCCGGUACAAAAGGGUCAUUCCACUGUGUACCAAACUGUCUUCCUUGUGUCUGCCCGCUGUUUCCAUGUUUGUGUAAAGCUCAGGGAGACGUGCCACCGCCAUCUUGUUUUUUUUGUUUUGUUUUUGGAAUCUUGCGCACUUUGUGAAACUGUAAAUAAACAUUUGCUACCCGACUGUG